AUGUUCAAAAAGCCGAGCGACGUUCGCGGGCAGCAGCGUCUGUCCGGAGCGGACAGAAAGAAGCUUCGGCGAAACAUCCGAGACAAGUUUCCAGGCGCCACUGACGAGCAGCUGGACGCGAUCCUGCCGCCCAAGGCUGACGUGGCGGUGACGAGGCUGGUGAAUCGCGUGCUGGUGUACGGACUCGACAACGGGCUGCCCAUGCUCUUCGACUGCGACGGCCGCGGCACCGAGAUCUACCCCACUGUGUUUGCGCUCUGGCUAGUGCCUGACCUGCUGCCGUCCUUCCUGCUCAAGGGUGGGGAGGUAUCCCGCUACGUGCUGUCAGGGGCUGACCUUAUGGCGCCAGGCGUGCAAGUGCCCGCGGAAGGCCUGCCAGGGUUCCGACCAGGGGAGGUGUGGUCUGUGAAGGUUCCAGGAAACUCCUGCCCCAUAGCGGUGGGCAUAACGAUGGUGGGCAGUGCAGAGGCCGUGGGAGCUGGCAUGAGAGGAAAGCUCCUCCGAAUCACCCACUACUACCGCGACUCGCUCUGUCCUAUUCCCCGCCUGCCACCCCCUUCCCACUCGUACAGGGAGACAGCAGAGGGCUCGUACGUCCCAAACAGGGGCUUCCUGCCGGACCUGGUUGUGCCCGACCCUGAUGCCCCGCCUGCUUCCUCAGAGGGAGCAGCACCUGAAGAUUCGCCUGAUGAUGCACCUGAUGACGAUUUGGGUGCUACUGGGGCUGGAGGGGGGGAGGGUGAGGCGGGGCGAGCUAGCACCCUCUGGUCCAAUCACGUGCUGCCAUGUCGGCCGCCCGGCACAACAGUGGACAUAAAGAAGUCGUCUCACAAGAAGCUGAGCAAGUGGCUGCAUGCCAGGGCGGUUGAGGGGCUGAUAAGCGGCAGGGAGGACAAGCACCGAAAGGAGUUCAUCCUCUCUGCUGUCAACUACCGCCACCCGACCCUCAUCGCCUUCACGCCAGACAAGACAAACAAGCCCGCCCAGACCCCUGCUGCUGCAACCCAAGACACAUCCCCAGCCGCACCUGGAGCACCGACCACCACCACCGCCACCACCACCACAACCACCACCAGCAGCGGUAGCGGCAGCAGCAGCAGCAGUGGGGGGUUGACAGUAGAGGAGGUAUUCAAACCCACCCACCAUGUGUCAGCCAUUUUCGAAGCCGUCGGUCUCGACCCACACGCCUACUACUCCCCCUCGGCUGCUCGUGAAGCUGCUCUUUCCUACAUCUCUCUCCACUCCCUCACAAAGCCCUCCGACCCCUCUAUAGUCAUCCUCGACGCACCGCUCUGCGACGCACUGUACAAAGGCGCGAUAAAAAAGGGCGCCGCGUACCCCACAGAAUGCCACAAGCGGGACGUGGGUCCCACUAUAGUGAAGCGCAUGCAGGCGCAUCACAGGGUGGAGAGGGCGGGGAAGAGUGUGGUGCGCAAGGGAGGGUUGGUGCCGGUGCAAAUACUGGUGGAGAGGCGGCAGGGCAACAAGAAGGUGACGCGGGUGUCGGGGCUGGAGGCUUAUCUGGUGGAGGCUGAGCCUCUCGCUGCUGAGCUGCAGAGGAAGUUUGCUUCGAGCACGUCGGUAGCGGGACGGGAGGCUUAUCUGGUGGAGGCUGAGCCGCUCGCUGCUGAGCUGCAGAGGAAGUUUGCCUCGAGCACAUCGGUGACUGAAGUGCCAGGAAAGAAGGGGCAGCACGAGGUGCUGAUUCAGGGAGGGGUGUUAGACGAGUUGGCUCGGCUGCUAGUUGAUGUGCACGGCAUUCCCAAGUCCCAUAUUGAGGUACUCGAUAAGACCAGGAGGUGA